GAGAAAACGCAACCCGUCGUCGAGUUUCCAAGUGUCGACGACAAACAAAACACAUUGUCUGUUUCAUGAUCUCGUGAGCGCUGUGGCUUGAAGAUUGUGGACCAAUCGGCUGCGGGGAGACCAGACCCUGGCUGUGGCUAGUGCCCCUGGCUGUCUCAUGUCGCAGAAAACGUCGGGCCAAAGCUGACGGUUGGUGGGGAAGUCCCCUUGAGGGAAACGCUACAAUUUCAACCUGGAAGUUGGUCCUCGAGUUCAACAAACCGACCUCUUCCACUCGUGCGACUGACAACUAUCAACAGGUCGACACAGACUGGAAUUCGGUCGUUUUAAUAUUCAUCGCACACCCGGUGGCCAUCCAAUGUCGACUCGAUAUGGCACAGCUACUUGUCGCUUGCCCUACCCCAGACCUGGUCGGGGCCCGUGCGUGGCCCGAUGGCGGGGCAAUGUGGAACAGGCGGUGCCGCACACCCUGGGCCUGGCGUCUCGAAUUCGCAGACCUCCUCGACCACCUCCGACAGACAUGGUUCCAUCCACGUCGAUCCGACACGAAUCGCACAGGCAUCGCGCCCACCCCUUUCCCAAGAGAGCCUCAACAUGGCACCAUGUGCCAGCAGUGCCAGCAACUCGAUAUGCCUCUUCCUACCAAGCUGUACACACCUCCCUCCCCCUGAUAAUCUGCAAGCACCCGUCUUGCCAUGUCUCUUUACAGUUUCUAGCUUUUGUCUGUACUCCGCAUCUCUGUCGUUCUUUUAUAGUCAUUCUCUUAGCUCAACAGCCCACAGCUCAGGUCAUUCUGGAAGAUCCUGGCGGAUCUUGAUCUACGUUGCAUUUUGAUACCCACUUGGGCCUUCUGUCGUUUCUGCUCCCCUGCUACCCAUCGUUUAAUCCCUUGGUCUCGCCCCUGCCUAGCCUCUGGCAGCUUUUCGCUUCUCCUUUUCCCUUCUGUUUCCUCACCUACACUCUCUUUUGGUGAUGAUCUUUGGACUUGGUUAGGAACCAUCCACUCUGACUUCCUUGCCUUGACUGGGCAGGUCCCGCUUUCUGUUCACCCACUCUCUUUAACACUAAUUGACAAUUCUAUCGACGAAUACCCCGAUCCGACUAGACGCCGGACAAACACACGCACGAAGCAAUAAUAAUACUGGGAAGACCAACACACAAACCGACAAUGAUUUGGCAAAGGGCAUUGGUGGCUUCGCUCCUGGCGAUGGGGGCCCAGGCUGGAAUUGGCGACAUGGUGGCCGAGGGCAUGAUGAGGGGGAGUCCAUCCGUCGAGAGGAGGUUACAAGAAAUCGCAAAGGCAAACAUCCUGUCAAGAGGAUACAUGGAGAUUAGGCAAGCACCGGGACUGUCAACGGGCAUUGGCAGCAACACACCCGUGAAUCCUGACGGGACCGUCGACAUGGAGAGGUGGAAUGAGGAAGUCAACCAAGCUUGCAGAGACUCGCUCGAAACUCUCAACGUGGCCUCGAAUCCAUCAGGCGCCUGCAUCUGUUACAACCUCCCCGUCCUCAACAACGUCACAGGCACCUUCGAAGCCGACCUGAGGCUUUUCCAAAUUAGCCCACCAACUGGCGACUUUCAGGGCAUUCCGCAGGAGCAGAUCAACGUUGCACUGAGUUACAACGGUGCGUCGGUCGCCGAGAAGGAGGGAGGCGCUGCUCGACAAGGCCCAGAACCAGCCGAGGAAGGGAGGCUGCGGCUACUCCGGUCGUUCCUGUUUGUUGGUCGGAUCAACAAUGAUGCGAUGGGAGGGGAGGAGAUUCCCAUGGCCCAACUGCAAGCUCUAGUCAUGCCCAUCGUCACGUUGUCCGCCGUCAACGCAGACGGCCAGACGGUGGCCACCAACGUGUCAGUGAACGAGGCCGCCUUCGUUUCUGGUGUCUUUUCGCAGGAGGUCGUCAUGAGUACCUUUCGCCUAGCCGAACUUGCUGUGGAGGAAGAAGUUGCUCGUCUCAAGAACGGCACCACCGCUUUUGUUCUUCCCGGUGUGCAGCUGCUGAUUUUCCCCAUCGGUCUUAUUAUCACGAGCAUUUGGCUGGUCAUUGGUGUGGCUGCCUAUGGCAUGGGCACUUAUGCGCGGUACAACUUCCGGGAGUCUCACAGAAGGAUGGUGGCGAAGACACAGAAGGGGACCAUGGCUCGUUUUUAAGCCAUCGUUUCCCACUCUCCUUGAUACCAGCUGCUCGCUUACACCCCGGGGGCAGCACUUUGUCUUUUUCUGCCUGUGUUUUCUUCGUCUUUCGCCAUCCUCACCUUGGUAUUUAUUACUGCCAUAUAAUAGGACUGAAGAUGCUCAGCCCAGACCGUAUAUUUUCUGUACAUACAUAUCCUCAUAGCGCUUGAGUUAUGGUGACAUUUGUUACCAGCUGAAUAUAGAAUUAUCCCAAAGCAGCAGAACCACGUCUCCUUACUAAUGGUUAUGCCCGCGAGCAACGUCUAGCUCUCUCCCCUUACUUUACUUCCAAC